AUGAAGUCUGCCUUGGCAGUCGAGCUCAUUAACACCUACUCCAAGGAUAAUCACAAUGGCAUCUUGAGAUGUGACAUGCACGAAUACAAGGGACGUGUCCUGUACGCAACGAAGAGCGCCAGCGCCGGGGAUACUUUGCUAAGAGAGCCUCCGCUGCAUGCCGUGCGAACCGACCCGAACAACCCAGUGUUCAGAGAACUCGAGUCUCUCUGCAAAGAGUGCAAUUUUCAUCUUGAGCCAAUAUGGUACUGGUGCGCGUUGAACUCGAUCAUCUUGGAGGCGCAGCCUCCUGUCCCAGGGUUGACCUCCAUAACGCACAGGCAGUCCGAGCUUCUUCGGGUGCUGCACGUCCCAGCAGAAAUCACCCCGUGCAAGGAAGUCAUGAAGCUUAUACAAGCCUUUCAUCUGGAAGACCGUACCACACCUGAAGAUCUGGAGCUUCUUCUGCAGGUCUGGAUUCACAACUGUUUCGAGCAGUUUGAAGAUCCCGUCGGAUACGUCAUCUACUUCAUGCCCUCGUUCAGCUCCCACUCCUGCCUGCCCAAUGUUCUGUGGUUCACCGAUGAAGAUCACACCUUCGUCCUGCGCGCCCGCGCAAAUAUUGAGGAGGGCGACGAGGUGACGCUGACGUAUCUCUCAGAAGAAGAUCUCAUGCGACCCACUCUGCAUCGGCGGCGCGUUCUCAGCGAGACCAAAGACUUUGUCUGCGCGUGCGAACGGUGUUCGGCUCCCGUCGAUUUCUCUAGAGGCUUCCGCUGUCCCACGUGCGGCGUCGGAUGCAUCUACGUCGAGCCGGAUGCGGAGCUCACAGGAGACGAGGUCGAUGAGGUCUUCGCAGCAGCUGCUGCUGCUGGCGAGACAGUCGAGACCUUUCUGCCCUCUUCGUUCACGCUCCAACCGAGUUACCGAGGCGUUUCUCCGCCCCCGUGGGCGUCUUCGUCUUCUGGCUCUUCGCCCCCUCUCUGCUCGUUUGAGUCGCGUAUGGCAUCUCUGCCGAAGGACGCGAUUCCGCUCACAGUCUGGCUCUCUCUCCUCGCGCCGAGCAUCGGCGCCGCGCGGCUUUCCGGCGUACGGCGGACGCUGGCAUUGCUGGACAGCGCGCCUCCCGCUGAGAAGGAGGCGUCUGCAACCGAGGACGCGAGGACGAAGAAGUCAGGCGGCGCCGAGGACCUGGUCUCGCCGGCGCAGGGGUUCGCAGCCGUGCUGGAGCGACUCCACCAGGCUCUCGCGUCUGUUCAAGAAGUGACGCGCUUGCAGGGGCGGGCGGCGCCGAACGUCUGCCUGCUGUGCAAGCGGCAGUGGACUUUGCGCGAGCGGCGGAGGUGCCUUGCAAUCGAGGCGCUAGUCGAUCGAUUCGCCAACCCGCAGGACGACGCCGACGCAGAGGCCGCCGCCGCGGAGGCACGGGAAGAGGAGGAGGGGCCUGAAGAGGAGGAGAGUGAUGUUGGCGGGCGGCGGGACCCUGUCUCGCCGCGCGCGGGCAGGCCAGAGAGCGAGAGCGACGACGAGGGACGCGGAGCGGCGAGCAGACGAAAGCAGACUAAGGACCGCUCGCUGUCGCGGGGGGGAGGAGGGCGGAGAGAGUAUGUGGAGGGUAGUUGCGGGGGCUCGGACGACGGCAGAAAGAACGCCACGCGAGGAGGCGCUCAGCACGAGGAGGCGCUCGGCUUGAAGGAGAAAACGCAGAGGAAACUCAAGAAAAAGAGAGACAAAGAGAGCGAAGAGGAAACGGGACAGAGCCCCUCGACGAACGGGUGCGACGGGAAGGAGCAAACCGCGGACUGGGGACGCACCGCGAGGGAGUCGUGUCAGUCCGAGCCUGGCGACAGCCCGCCGCAGCCUGCCUCUUCAGAGACGUCAACGCGAAGAAACAACAAGAAAGCGGCCGAGGCAGGCGAGAGUCCGGAGGCGACCGAGCACGUUGCUUUGUGGCGACGGCGCCACAGCUUGCAGCAGCGUGCCUCCGCCUUGCGUCGCUUGCUGAAGAAGAAGUGGAAGUUGCUCAAGGAGAAACAACUAGAGUGCGUGGAGCACGUGUUCUUCGAGGUCUUCCACGCUCACUGGCAUCUGGCGUGCUGGUUGAAGACGAGGGCGGCAGAUGCCACGGGACCCGAGCGCGUGGCUCUCCACGACAAAGUUGUGUGGCAACAACGGAAUCUGUAUCCGGGCCUGAAUGCUGCAGUCGGUUGGUCGCUGGAUGAAAUGGCGGAGACGGUUCUCCUGACCUACCGGGAUCAGCCCAACACCUCGCCAGCCUUGUCGGCCGAAAGUGUGAAGACUUUGCUGCGGAACCGCGACAUUUUGGCUGCGUACGAGGAAGCAGCCUCUAUCCUCGGCACGCUAUUUGAGACUGACCAUCAAUUCGUCAUGGACGUGACGAAGAAGCUCGGCACGAUUGCGGGGUGGAUUCGGAACUAUGGUUUGGAGGCAGAGCCUUCAGCUGCCGCUUGGCUGACCGCUGGUCAGCGGCGCUUCGAGACUUCCUAUGCUGGGCAUUGCAGCCCGGUGCUUCUUUGUGAAAACGGCGGGGGCAGUUCCUGGUCGGUCGCGGAGCGGGGUCUGCAGAGUCUGUAA